AUGGUACACAUUGUCGGCGCCGUAAAGCAACAACUGCGGGUGAGCCUUGAUGAGCGUUCAGUUGCUGCGCUUGAGCGGGCAUUUAAUACUCUACAAGGGUUGAGGACGGGGUUUGUGUUCAGUGUCUUGCCAUCGUCAACUGCUUUUAACGAACUGCAUAUACUCUGCUGUGAGGCAGCGAUCGGUUUGGAGCAAUGGGGCAUGGCAGAAAGUUGCCUGAAGAUUUUUACAGGGAAGCGGGCACCGACAAGGGCUUUGGAUGCUCGCGCCCUGUAUUGUGAAGGUCUUAUCGGUUUACACAACAUUCCCAUCUCUUUCAGGGGAAGGGCAAAGGUGACGUCGCACUUGCGUUGUGCCACCAAAAUUGUGACUGGGGUAAAAAUUGCACUAGAAGAGUGGCCCAAAGAGGCGCACACGCUGGCUGUUGGCGUGGAACACUUGUGGUUGGCCAUUCGUGAUCUUUUCAUCCCCGGGUCAUUUGAUAGCGUGCUGGAUAUCGUGGCCUUUGUUCUUGCGCUGCAUGAGAAGCUUGGUCUUGGUGGUCCCUUUUCACAGCUCCAGUGGAGUACACGAUAUGCAAUGUGUCUCCGAGGUGUCGGUCGCCAUCAGGAGGCGGUCUCUCAAUUAUCUACGGCCUCAGAGCUGGUCUCAAGGGUUGGAUCUGAGAGGUUGCAGUUGCAAUUUCUACGUGUUCAAAUUGCAUUCUGGGCCAGCUUGCCCGCUACGCGUACCAAACAGGAUUACACAAAACCAGUGCUUCAGGCCCUCUAUGUGGCUCAGGCGUUUUUCUGCGGUAUGAUCGAUGAGUUUAGUGCUACGGCAGACCUUAUUGCUGCCCAUGAAAAGCUACUUCUUGAUCCGGAAAAGAAGGAAAUAAAAUUGAAAAGUCGAAAGACAAUGGAAGCUGAAAUCACCUUCAGUGACCCAGCUCUCGUGAUGGAUGUUCUUAGCGAGGUGGUGCUUGGGCUCGCGCUUUGUGGGGCGGAUGAAGUGUGCAAGAUAAGUUUACCAAGUUUGCUUCAAGGCGAUAGUGUACGUCCUCGCUUGUUUGGUGAAUUUGCUCAGGCUAUUUUGAGGGCCCGCGCAUGUGGUGCACUGGGCCUCGCCAAGGCGUUGGAUGCCAGCUACCUCACCAGAACUAUGGCGGAUGCCCUGUUCAAUUGCAUCAAGGCCGUGGAGGGUACGAUGGAUAAUGCACGCAUGAUUGAAGAUCCUUCGGAGCGUGCGUAUACGCUUCAAAUUGGAUGUGUUAUUUUGUGGAAUCUCUCUCUCCCCCUUCUUCAGUCGGAGACGCGUGGAAAGUUGCGUCACACUUUGAAACGCAUUGUUGUGUUGUUGACAAAUUAUGGAUCUUGUUUGACUGGGCUUCUUGUACAUGUGGCGUAUGAAUCCAGUUUAAUUGAGUUUGAGGAAGACAACCCAAUUUCUGCCAUUGAACAAAUAGAUCGGGCACUCUCUUUGAACCAUUGUGUCGUCAAUGCGGAAGGGAAAAUGGUGUUUCCAAUGGAUUUUGCUCUCCUUAGCCUGAGGCGACGGUGUGUGGUGCGAAAGACCAUUGACAGCAGUGUUUUUUCUGCUCGGGAGGACCAAGUCAUCCAUCUCAUUGAACAGGCAAGAACCUCAAACUCUGCGUCGAAUCGUCUUGUGCUCUUACAAUCGGCAGUGAAAAAGCUCCCUCCCCUCGGCCAGGUGUUGGACCCUGGUACCCUGGCAAAGGAAAGGGUCCCAUUUUUGCGUGAGCGUUCAAAAUUUGGUCGAGCGAAAAAACAUUCAGUUGUUGUUGAGCCACCGGAGGGUCAACCGCCGCGUGUGAUUACAAAUCCAGCAGCUGCACACAUUUACUAUCUUCUUCUCAAGGAGGCCAAAGAGGAAAAAAAUCCAUCUAUGCAUACAAUUGUUGAAAAGGUGGCGAGUAGUCUAACUUGUAUUGAUGUACUUAAUGAAGCGGAUUCUAAGGAAUUAAUUGUUAUGAAGGCAGAGGCGCAUUUGAGUAUGGCUGAGGUUUUGUUAAAAAACGAGAAGAGUUCUGGUGGGACUAGCUCUGACUCUACAGCCGACGCCUUGUCCCACAUAUCUGCAGCUGCGAAGAUCAGUAUUAAGCUGUGUGCGGCUGGUAACCGUGAAGAGUGGAUAGCUGUGAAUGCAUGUCUGUCGUUGAUUGGGUGGUAUUCAGAGCUUUUCCGCAAGGGAUUAUUUCUUCCUGCCACAGUGGUUCUUGGAGAGCUUUAUGUGGCAUUGAAUCAAACCCAUGUGGAUCCUAAUAGAGAAUACAAACUAUUCCAUGAUAUUUGCUUUGCCUACAUCAUGUCUGUCCUGCAAUCGUACAUCUCAUCCAAAGGUGAAGUAGACGGGGAGCUGAGUUGUGGUAACUUGGCGGAAACGCUGCGAAAGACCUUUUUGUACCCUAUUUGUGAGGCAAACAACCCCAUGCUUCGACGGGCAGAGGAAGUAUGUCGCGAGGUGAUGGGUAAGUGGCGGCUACCUUCUCAGAGGAAAAUGUUUUGUACACUGUUUGUUUGCAUUCAACGUCUUCUUGAUCGAAGUCCAGAGGAUUCACAUCACCCACAGGAACAGUUGUUAUUUUUGCUUGGAAAAUUGAAUGGUCCCGUAUCAAUAGAGGAGAAACGGAUUCUGGUGAACAAAGAAUCUCUGGACUUAUUGCGGAUGGAUCCUUCUGUGGAAUUGUGUGGGAGGCUUGCAACACACAGCAUGCAAUUACCAGAGAAUGAAAGGGUUACGCUGGAGCUUUGCCGUAUUGCAGACCAGUUGUACCAGGAUGGGAAACUUGGAUGGGGAACGAAAACUCUAAUCGGUAAUCACACGGGUAAAGAAAAGGGUCAUUCUCCCAAUUCGGCUUCUUCCGCAGCGGUUCUUGCUAGAGGGGCAUUUCCCAAACCGACGGAGGAUGACUGGUACUGGUAUUCGGAUAUCCUGCUUCACCAGGCGACGGUGCUUGGGCGCCUAGGAACGGGUACUGAACGGUCGAAGCGGCAUGAGCUGGAAAAGCGGGUUAUUGUGGCCAUUACCAACAGUGCGAUUGCCGCUUCUCAUGGUCCAACGUGUACACGGGUUUCACAGAUAACGGAUGCAUAUUAUGCUUUUUGUUGUACAGCAGACUAUUUUAGUGGAGCACUGCGACAAUUACUUCUCCCCAGUCUUCGCAUACUCCUUUCACCGUCAAUGCUAUCAAUACUUCCAUUGUCUUCACGUGGCGGAGGGAGUAGCACUGAGGGUCAUGCAGAACGCGAGGCGUUAUUGCCUUUAAUCACGACCAUGGCUGGUAUUUUCCUUACUACUCUAUCAGAGAAUGGUGCCCAUGAAGAGGGGAUAAAAACGCUCAAUAAUCUUCUUGCCGUCCUUCCGACGAAGUGUCAUAAAGUUUUUCGGACGUAUGAGGCGCAAUUUCGCUCUAAUUUGGGACUUUCGACGGCUCAAUUAGUCAAUAAGGUCAGAGGGGGUGAUCCGGAAAUUGAAGCAGCAGUCUGGGUUGCCAUUGCAAAGAACGCGGCUGCGAACGCCGAUAGUACAAAGAGUUGGUUGAAAGCGCUUGAAGUGUUGGAGCGCAAACCACUUCAAAGGGCUGAUGCCCUUCUUCAAAUGGCUGAAUGGAUGGCGACUCGUAAUGCCGUUUCAAGGCAUGAACUUAUAACUCUUUUACUCUCCGCAUUGGACUCCGUGGAGCGAUUUAGCGACCCACAAAUGAGUCGACUCCCCGAAGAAAGCAUGCGAAAAGAAGGAUCUUCGCGAUCUUUGCGGCAAACGAUGGCCUUUUCUCUCUCAGGACGCACCAUCUGUUUGCCUGAUGCCGGUUCCAUGCGUUCCGGAAACAAUUUAACAGGUGGUGUGGGCGAACCAGCGUCUCUUCGGGAGAUCAUGACUGCGAUUAGAAUUAUGUAUUUACUUUUUGUGGUAGCUCCAGAGAAACCUCUUGAGGAGCACACUUUUACUGUUUGCAAGCGCUCCUGUGCAUCCACGAUCCUUCACUACGUCUUUUGCAUGUGGAAUAUUGUCUCGACUCUCAUACGAUCCAAAGACGCUGAUAAAGAGAACGCUCUGAAAGAAAAUUUAUUGGAAAUUCCAGAGGAAUUUCAUGCUUGGCAAGGCUUUUGUGCGGAUCCGCAGCAUAUCGAUUUUAUUCGUGUUUCCUGCCAGGAUGAUGCCCCACAAAAUACUGAUAAGCUUUGGGGAAUGUUAUUUGAUGUUUGUGAAUUUCUUGUGGAAGAACAUUGGGAGCAGUUUACAUUCAUGAUCUUCAGUUGGAUUGAAUUUGCUGCAAAUUGGCGAUAUGGGCCUCUUGAUCCGCGCACUAUGGCUGUUGUCCGUGCGGUUCGUUGUAAAUGUCUUUUGGCAGGCGCUCGCAGUGGAUGGGGAAAUUUAAGUAGCAUGUACCAGGUGGAGGCCCCAACUUCGGAGUAUUGGUCUGCUAUCCAAGAAAUACUUCUUUCGGCAGAAAAUUCUUCACAUUUUUCACCCUGGCCUGAUGGAGCACUGCGUUUUACCGACUUUAGGGGCAGUACCUGCUACUGUGUCUUGAGUGAGGCCGAGGAUCUCUUCCUUCUUGGACGUGUGCAGGAAGCGUUACGGUGGAGCGGUAAGGUGCUAAAUUGUGCGUUGCAUAUUGGCAACAUUGAUGCCGUAGUGCGCUGUCGUUUGCUGGAAGCGCGUGCACGUAUAUUGCGGGGUGAGGGGGCUGCGGUGGCCAAGCAACUAUCUGAAAUUGAAGAGGAAUUUGUUGGUCUCACAUUUCGAUUAUGGACGGAGCUGAACUUGGUGAGGGUUGAUGCCUUGAUCAGUUGUGGCCAUGUGGAGAAGGCCAUCAGUCUCGCGAGAAAUUUACCGCAGGCCUUGGGACUCCGUUUGACGAAGAUUGCUCCUGACGGGUUGGCUGGGGAUAUAUCCAAUGAUUUAUUAAAGGAUUGUACCAGGCGAAUAUUGUGUGAGUGUGGUCGGCAACUUUUGGCUUUUUUGCGGCUUUCUCUCCGUCGAUCCUCCUUUCCGGGGGAGAGUGAGGAUGCAGCGCGAAAAUAUCUUGCAGAGGUGGGCGACCAACUACAAAAAAUGGACGAUUGGCAAAGUCUAUCUACUGCUCUUUGUAUUAAGCAGAAUUUGCAUCCUCCCAUGGAUGAGGUUCUUUUAACGACAGACGUUGAAAAAGGGAAGGAGCUACUGGAAAUAUUAUAUACGGAGUACUGUGAGGCCCUCCGGGUAACAGAGUUGAUACGCAGUGAGAUGAAUGUGGUGGCACCUUUUUCUUUAUACACAAAGAGCCUUGCGACUCACCCCAGUAUUUUGAGGGCAUAUGACGAGGUUUUGGUUAUCCGGGCUCGAAACUGCCUUGAGCGGGAGCUGCUGAGGGAUUUUAUCAUACUGCAAUACGACCAACUGUCGAUGGAACAACUUGGCAUUCCGACAGGAGGGCCGAGAAAAUUGGAUACUUCUGUGCUUCAAUACAUGCGAGAUCCUGCGGCGUAUGAGCAGAUGAAAAAGAAUAUGACUGCAGGGAGCGGUAAGGAGUCAUCGGAGAGGGGUUUUUAUGAGGACUACAACCCGACGAGGGAUCUGGAGUGCGCUCUAAACCACUUUUCUAUUCCGCAGGCACAUGUAGAGGGUGCAAGUAGCGCAGAAGCUGAAGCCAUGCUGUCUCGCACAGUAAAACCCGAUGGAGAGUGCACACCACUGCAAAUGGAAGCCGUGAUCUGUGUUGCUCUCGCUGAGUUUCAAAGACGGCUGAAGGCUCUUCUCCGGGCAGAGGACGCCACGUUAGCUGUAACAUUAACAGGAGUGGCGCAGAUAAGGGAAGACAAAGGGAUUGGGUUCCGUGAGAACGACAUGUUGACAAGGAAAUGGGUUCGCCUUAUCCCGAAUAUUGGGCAACUUGGUAGCCGGAGGGCAAGUCGGAAGAGGGCGUUAUCGGUUAGUCGCAAGUCAAGGAAGUCAUUCGUCACAGAGCCGCCAAAAAAAGAAGAGGGGCCUGUCAAUCUCUGGGUGAAUGAGGACAGUAACUUGCCGUUCAUGAUUCAACUGGGUGCCAAGCAUGCUCGCCGGCUAUUGGAAUACAAGGAAUUGGCAAAAUGUUACAUUUGCCUGGCUCACAACCUUGUUCUCUCUGAUGACUAUUGUGCUGCUGGAACCGCCAUUGAAUUCGCUCAGGCUGCCGAAAUGUGUGGUUUUCUUUUAGACAUUCAGUCGGCUCUUCUUCAGAGUUCACCAGAAAGCAACUUGAUUCGGUUCCUAGAGCGGAUGAAAUUGAAGGCAUCUUUUCUUUUAAAUACUUCUGCCUUUGACAGUAUGCGGAACCUGUUGAUGAAUACAUCCAGUAUGCUUAAACUCUUUGAUAUAGGGUGUGAAUGGCCCGCGGAGCCAAAUAAGCCUCAACCACUUUCUUCAGAUUCUUGUGCUCUUAGCGUGGUGCGAGAGGAAAGCACAAGAUACUUUCUCGUGGCCCUAAGGUGUCCAGAGGGUGGAGUACAUAGUCGCAGAGUGCAGCUGGAUAUAAACUCUCUGAUACAAUGCGGUGACGAAUUUGAGACAUUCAAGCAGACCAAAAAGGUUGAAAUCAUCAAUAAGAAUGCCUCGGUCAAGGCUUCUUUGGAGGGAACAAGUGCUGCCUUACUAAAGUCCCUUUUGGAUCGAGUUCAAUAUCUGUUAGCUCCACUUUGGGAAGAUUUUAACGGAAUAUUGUCCUGGCUAGCGCCCAACUGCCAUUUGUUUCUCUGCCUGGAUCCCAUCCUUCAGUCUCUACCACUAGAGCGACUGUCUCCAUGUACGCAAUUUUUGUCCGUUCAACGUGAACUGUCUGUUUUUUACAUUCGGAAUAAAAUGUCAAUUCGUGGAGGGAAGUCUUCAUCGGGAGGAAGCCUUUUCAUUGUGGAUCCAUUUGGGGAGCAUGAGACGUCUUUGCAGACUCUAUUUGGUCCAGAGUCUCGUCCCAAGGGAGCAACAAGUGAAGUUAUCUGCUCUGUAAGGGAUAAAUAUGGGGGUUUGUGCAACCCUUCUCAGCAGUAUAUACGUCAAGCGCUAACAGCAAAUAGUCGCGGCAUUCUUCUUGUUGAUUUAUGUGGUUCUUUUACUGAUAUUGUGAGUCCAGAGACCCUGAUGGAGCUUAACUUGGAACACUUUCUUGCCGUUCUUGUGGCAGAAGGCACCAAUGAUAGUUCCCUGCGCCGUGAACAGAAACAGCGCACAAGCAAGACAACUCUGAGCCUGUAUUACGAGAGACAGUUUAUUUUCUCCCUCCUUCUUCUGGCACGUGGUGUACAGUGUGUUGUUACUAACGCCCUUCUUCCACUUUCUCCAGAAGAAUGUGGUCUCAUCUGCCGGCGCUGUUUGCCAGCAAUUUUUGCUGGAGGUAAAGGCCUUUCCGAGGCCGUUCGUGGCGGCACGGGUGAAGGUGCGGAUUCAUUUGCCUCGGCGUUUUUAUUUUACGGUGUACCCCCCACAGUGAAACAGAAGUAG